AUGUCAUCGCAUAACCAUAGCACGCACAAACCUGGCGAGAACAGCCAAACCAUCGACUCAAAUGCCGAGCCUCCGACGUCUGAUCCCGAACAAAUAUCAGAAAAAUACAAUUAUUGUAUGAUGCGCUUUCUUAGCCACUCGCAGACCACCGAGGAACGCUCGCCGCUUUGCUUCAGGAAAGCCGAGAGCGAGGAGGAAGCGAGAGCUCGUGCGCAGACUCGGCUGAACGCUUUCGAUGUGCGAUUUGGCUCGAGUAACAAUCCUGCUCCCAAAUAA